AUGCCGGAGUCAGAUUCGUCCGCGCCGGCGUCUGGUUCGUCUGUGCCGGAAAUUGUAACAAUUGACCACAAUCAUCCACUGUACAUUGGACCUUCUGAUAAUCCUAGCUCACUCGUAAUACCGGUGAAGCUCACAGGCUCCGAGAAUUAUGGGCUUUGGAGUAGAUCUAUGAGAAUAGUACUCUUAGGGAAGAAGAAAUUAGGCUUCAUUAAUGGUAGAUGCAGCAGAAAUGCGUAUGAAGGAGAGUUGCUUGAACAAUGGGAGACAUGCAACGCCAUUUUUCUCUCAUGGAUCAUGAAUAAUGUGGCACCGGAGCUUCUAGGUGGAGUUGUAUAUGCCUCUGAUGCAUAUCAGGUAUGGGAAGAUCUGCGAGAGAGAUUUAACAAGGUAAAUCGUGUUAGGAUUUUUCAGUUGCACCGUGAAAUUGCUACAUUAUCUCAAGGAACAAAUUCUGUUUCAGUGUAUUUUCAAAAAUUGAAGGAAUUAUGGCAUUAG